AUGGUUGCAUCACAAUCAUCCAUGCCUCGGUCUACUUCCAUGAUUUCAAAGCAAAAACUUAAGACAUCAUCAAAACUAGCUGUUACCCAGUCAAAACCAUCCUCUAACCCAUUACCACAAUCAAUUUCGCCAACUCUUACAGGAGCAUCACAACCGCAAACAAAGGUUGCACAAAGUAGAUGGUCAAAAGGACCUUUGUUUCCAAACCUCAUUGAAAUAGCAGCACAAAAAAAAGCAACAACGAGUCUUGCAGCCUCAUACCAACCUACUGUGAAGCCUAACCUGCAGAGUACUACUCAGCCUACUGUGAAGCCUAUCCUCAAGCCUCCUAUGCAGCCUACUACUCAAGCUACUGUGAAGCCUGUCAUAGCUACCCGACAGCCUUCUCUAGAGCGGGACAAAGCUGCCCAACAACUUCAUAAAGUUAGACAUCAGCCUGAAAAAGCUGCACUCACAGGUACCAAACCACAUUUGGAAAAAAGAGCGUUUGUUGCACCCAUGAGGGCAACAAAAUCUGUGAUGUGA